CCUGUCCCCCCCGCGAAUCCCUCUGGAGCCACGAUGAGCCUCCAGAAGCACCAAACCAUGGGCUCUGACCGGGACCUCCAGAAGCACCAAACCAUGGGCUCUGACCGGGACCUCCAGAAGCACCAAACCCUGGGCUCUGACCGGGACCUCCAGAAGCACCAAACCAUGGGCUCUGACCGGGACCUCCAGAAGCACCAAACCAUGGGCUCUGACCGGGACCUCCAGAAGCACCAAACCAUGGGCUCUGACCGGGACCUUCAGAAGCACCAAACCAUGGGCUCUGACCGGGACCUCCAGAAGCACCAAACCCUGGGCUCUGACCGGGACCUCCAGAAGCACCAAACCAUGGGCUCUGACCGGGACCUCCAGAAGCACCAAACCAUGGGCUCUGACCGGGACCUCCAGAAGCACCAAACCAUGGGCUCUGACCGGGACCUCCAGAAGCACCAAACCAUGGGCUCUGACCGGGACCUUCAGAAGCACCAAACCAUGGGCUCUGACCGGGACCUCCAGAAGCACCAAACCAUGGGCUCUGACCGGGACCUCCAGAAGCACCAAACCAUGGGCUCUGACCGGGACCUUCAGAAGCACCAAACCAUGGGCUCUGACCGGGACCUCCAGAAGCACCAAACCAUGGGCUCUGACCGGGACCUUCAGAAGCACCAAACCAUGGGCUCUGACCGGGACCUUCAGUCCUCCUCCUCAGUCAGCCUGCCCUCCGUCAAGAAGGCCCCCAAGAAGAGACGUCUGUCCAUGGGGAACCUGUUCAGACGGCGCCGGGACCCCAAGAGGAAGUCCAUGGAGCUCCGAGGAAGAGGAGGAGGAGGAGGAGGAGGAGGAGGGGUGGAUGGUAUCGCCAGCAUAGACAGCAUCCAAUCAGACCUCACGCUGAACGAUAAGAACUCUGCCUUCUCAGUGGCCGGAGCUGCCUGCACCACCUCCCUCGGGGCGUCCUCCUCUUCCUCCUCUUCCUCCCGGGGUCGAGAGCUGCUGGAGUGCCCUCUGUGCCUUCUACGUCACUCUAGGGACAGUUUCCCGGACAUCAUGACCUGCCACCACCGCUCCUGUGCGGAUUGCCUGCGCCAGUACUUGCGAAUAGAGAUCAGUGAGUCGCGCGUCAACAUCAGCUGUCCAGAGUGCUCUGAGCGGUUCAACCCCCACGACAUACGCAUCAUCCUGGGAGACCAGCCCCUCAUGGAGAAGUACGAGGAGUUCAUGUUGAGGCGAUGGCUGGUGACCGACCCUGACUGUCGCUGGUGCCCCGCCCCAGACUGUGGGUAUGCAGUCAUUGCCUUUGGCUGUGCCAGCUGUCCUAAGAUCACGUGUGGACGUGAGGGGUGUGGCACGGAGUUCUGUUACCACUGUAAGCAGCUGUGGCACCCCAACCAGACGUGUGAUGCCGCCCGGCAGCAGAGAGCCCAGAGCCUGAGGCUACGCACCUUCAGCUCCUCGUCUCUUAGCUACAGCCAGGAGAGUGGUGCUGCAGCCGAUGACAUCAAGCCGUGUCCGCGCUGCGCGGCUUACAUCAUCAAGAUGAACGACGGCAGCUGCAACCACAUGACCUGCGCCGUGUGCGGCUGUGAGUUCUGCUGGCUCUGCAUGAAGGAGAUCUCUGACCUGCACUACCUGAGGUCAGGAUGUACCUUCUGGGGCAGGAAGCCGUGGAGCAGGAAGAAGAAGAUCCUGUGGCAGCUGGGCACGCUGGUGGGCGCUCCGGUGGGCAUCGCUCUGAUCGCUGGCAUCGCCGUCCCUGCCAUGAUCAUAGGCAUCCCUGUGUACGUGGGGAGGAAGAUCUAUAACCGCUAUGAGGGGAAGGACAUCUCUCCCCACAGGAGGAACCUGGUGAUAGCAGGAGGAGUCACUCUGUCUGUCAUCAUGUCCCCUGUGGUGGCAGCCGUCUCUGUCGGCAUCGGCGUGCCCAUCAUGCUGGCGUAUGUGUACGGCGUGGUGCCCAUCUCUCUGUGUGUGUGUGUGUGUGUCCAGGCAUCGGCGUGCCCAUCAUGCUGGCGUAUGUGUACGGCGUGGUGCCCAUCUCUCUGUGUGUGUGUGUGUCCAGGCAUCGGCGUGCCCAUCAUGCUGGCGUAUGUGUACGGCGUGGUGCCCAUCUCUCUGUGUCGCAGCGGGGGCUGUGGGGUCUCCACUGGUAACGGGAAAGGGGUCCGCAUCGAGUUCGAUGACGAGAACCAGAUGACCGCAGGGAGUGGGGCGCAAGCUACUGACACGACCUCUGUGGCGGACACCAGGAACAACCCCAGCAUCGGAGGAGGUAGCGUGGGGGGCAUGACGGGCAGUCUGAGCGCCAGCGGGAGCCACGUGGACCGGAUGGGCGCCAUGAGGGACAACCUGAGUGAGAACGCCUCCACCAUGGCCCUGGCUGGGGCCAGCAUCACCGGAUCUCUGUCUGGCAGCGCCGUGGUCAACUACCUGAACAGGUUGGAGGUCCAGGCUGAUGUUCAGAAGGAGAGGUGUAGUCUGAGUGGAGAGUCGGCCACCUUCAGCUUGGGGACCAUCAGUGACAACGCUAGCACCAAAGCAAUGGCUGGAUCCCUUCUCAACUACAGAGACGGGACCAGUAUGGAGGUGCAGGUGGACAUGGAGUCGGGGAAGUCUGCCGGUCAACUACACGACCACACUAUGGAUGAUGGGAGAGACGCUGGGCGCUGUGGCUGGUCCUGCCACUCUGGAUGCCCCUCAGAGGGCCAGGAUGGCACCGCCAAGUCCUCCUCCUCUUCCUCGGGGAAGAAGAGUAAAAGCGAGCUGAAGAAGGGAGGAGGCUGUAAGCUCCAGGAGACGAGGGAGGAUAUGGACGCUCGUCUCCUUGAGCAGCAGAGCACCAACUCCUCAGAGUUCGACUCUCCCUCCCUCAGCGGCUCUCUGCCCUCCGUAGCCGACUCUCACUCCUCCCACUUGUCAGAGUUCAGCGGCGGCUCCGACCUGGAGAUCACGAAGACGUCCUGCAGCCACGGAUCCUCGUCUGACUACCACAGCCGCUUCGCCACAGUCAGCCCUCUGCCUGAAGUAGAGGGAGACCGGCUGGAGGCGUUACCCUCACCCCGAGGUGUCCUCUCCCAGCCUCACUCCCCGGUCUCCUCGCCCUGUCCCGAGGUGUCCGUCUCCCCUCUCUGUCUGAUAGCAGAGGAAAACAUCAACCAGGUGUGUCCUACGAAGGCAGAUUGUGACUGUACUACAGGAGGAGCCCUUCCCGUUGGACAGCUGUUGCAGGAGAACAACAACAACCUGCAGGCCCGUCCCUCCAGCCUGCUCAGACCUCCUGUAUUCAACCUGCAGGCCCGUCCCUCCAGCCUGCUCCAGACCUCCUGUAUUCAGACUGACAUCUGA